UGAACUUGGGAAGGAGGCUGGAUCGCUGUCUCCGCACACUGUGUGUGUUCCAGGCCAUCGCCGAAGCUCCUUUACAACCUCCUCCCCUGCUCUCCUCUUCGCCCUGUCUGUCUCCUCUGCCUCCUCCCGGUAGUCCUAGAACACGCCUCGGAUGCUAACCACAUCCAGCUGAGUGUCGUUUAUUUUCUGGGUUUUGGUUUGAUUUUGUGGGUGAUGGUUAUUUAGGAGGACGAAUUUUCUUGUGGAUUUUAGGAAGCGUAGGGUUAAUGAGUUCAUUGAGUCGUUGUAUUAAUGACGGCGUGGCGAAGGAGAGUCUGAGGUGAAGAGAGCAGGGAGACUUGCGUGGUCGAUCUUUAGGAUAUGUGGAAUGCGCUGCAGUGGGCUAGAUAGAUUGAUGGAGCAGUGACCUGAAAUUUUUUUCCCCUAUUCAGGAGCUGUGUCUGUGGUGUAGUCGGGGACUGCGUGAUUGUCGAGUUGCGGACGUUGUGGAGGUUUUUUUGAGAUGGGUUCUGAUGCUGAUGUCAAGUAUGUGCGCCAGGAAAGCCAAGGUGCGGGGGGUGACAGUAUAGCGGAGAAACGAUGGUCGCUAACGGAUUUUGACAUUGGGAAGCCGCUGGGCAGGGGCAAGUUUGGGAACGUCUACCUCGCGCGUGAGAAACAGAGCAAGUAUGUAGUGGCGUUGAAGGUUCUCUUCAAAAAUCAGUUGCAGCAAUCCCAGGUUGAGCAUCAACUUCGUCGCGAGAUUGAGAUUCAAUCGCACCUUCGCCAUCCCAACAUCCUUCGAUUGUACGGAUACUUCUAUGAUCAGGCACGUGUGUAUCUGAUUCUCGAGUAUGCUGCCAAAGGUGAACUCUACAAGGAGCUUCAGAGGUGUAAGGUUUUUAGUGAGAAAAGAGCAGCAACGUACAUCGCCUCACUUGCACGUGCCCUCAUGUAUUGCCACGAGAAGCACGUCAUCCACCGAGAUAUCAAACCUGAGAAUCUCCUAAUUGGACUGAAGGGUGAGCUGAAGAUUGCAGACUUUGGAUGGUCCGUGCACACCUGCAACAGACGAAGGACUCUCUGUGGAACCUUGGACUACCUCCCUCCUGAAAUGGUUGAGGGCAAGGAACAUGACGCGGGUGUGGAUGUGUGGAGCCUGGGCAUCCUUUGCUUCGAAUUUUUGUACGGCACUCCACCUUUUGAAGCGAAGAAGCAUUCAGAUACGUAUAAGCGCAUCGUCCGUGUUGAUCUGAGGUUUCCAUCCAAACCUGUCAUCUCUUCAUCGGCCCGAGACCUUAUCUGUCAGCUCCUGGUGAAGGAUUCGGCUCAACGAUUGCCUCUCAGCAAAGUGCUUACGCACCCGUGGAUUGUAAACAACGCCGACCCCAGCGGCGUGUACAAUGGCCACAAUUGACUCACAUCCACGAACCGGGUUACAAGCUCUGUUACCCAUUCUGUCCGUACAAGUGGGUGGAGAUGAUGGUGGGGGGCUUCGACUUGGAAUAUGGUUUUUGCCAAGGGGCCCACACGGGAAGAAGCCCAGCCACUAUUGGAGUGAACUGUCAUUAGUUGAAAGAAUUCGUCUGUACCCACUGAGUAAUCCAACGAAGUCAGCGUAAAGAGAAUUAGCGUGGGAUGAGACUUUCAAUAACUUUCUGUUGCUAAGAUUCUCCCGUGAAAACGUGCUCAAUAUGGCAUAUUUGAACAAGUCAGGAGUGAACCGUCCUGCAUUAGUGUUGAUAGUCAUACUAAUUCCAAGAGAUAGGCGGUUGCUAUCCGGUUGCAAAUUAUGGUAUAAUUGUUAAAGUCAGGAUUGUUCCGUUCCGACCUUUUAGUCUUUCCUAGACCAAGAGCUGGUCAAUUGCCCACCCACAUGUAUACCAUGUAAAUUAAACUCAAGAUAUGCAGAUGAUUUCCUCAU